AUGAAGAAAGCGUUGCUAGAAAGACACGACCAAUCGACAUCAUUAGUCGAGGCGAAAAUGCGUGAAUUCGGUACUCAAUUGGAUGAAUUUUUUAAAAAUUCCAAUCAAUCACCGGAAAUUUUACAUGCUCUCUUUGAACAACAUUGCUUAUCAUCAAUACAUGAGUCAAUUAUAUUUAUUUAUUGGAAUUCAUUGAACAAACCGAAAAUAAAUAGACUGUUAGAUAGAACAAUUGAAUAUUUACAAUUAAAUAAGGAGGAAAAUCUUAUUAAGAAUCCAUAUUAUUUAAAAGAAAUAGAAUUUAAUGAACAAAUCAAAAAUUCUGCUUUAUUACAUGAUGCUAUUAUGAAAAAUUAUGAGAAUAUUUUUCUAUUAUUACUUAAAUCAGGUUUUAAUUCAAAUAAUUUAUUACCUGAUCGGAAAACUCCAUUGUCAAUGUGUGUCGUAGUGAAUAAUAUUGAUCCACGAAAACGCUUAAACUAUAUUCAAUUAUUAAUUGAACAAGGAGCAAAUGCAAUUAUACGAGAUGUUAAUAAUGUUUCACCAUUCCAACGUCUAUGUGGGAUGGAAUCGAACUAUCCCGUUGUCUACAAUUUCUUUCGUGAUUAUUUACUUUCGGUUUAUCCUGAUGAAAUUGAAUCUGAAUUUAAUAGUGGUCUGGAAACGGCUCUUUUCAAUUGGUGCGUACCUAUUGUUACUGAUCUUCUUGAGCAUGGUGCUACUUUUGAUGCAUUGAAAAAUGUGUAUUCAUUUGAAAAAUUUCUAUCAGAUCUAGCUUCAAUCAUGUUUGAAAUACGUCGUUCAAUAUCAUACAUUGAUCCAUUUAUUUUAUGUUUCAUACAAAUAAUUUUACAUAAUUCACCAUGUGAGAAUUAUUCUAUUUGUAUUGAAAGAUUUAUUCAAUCAAUUUAUAUACCUGGUGUUUGUUUUGAAGCAAAUUCUAAUCCAUGUGAACAUCCAUCAAUGGCAAAUGUUAAAAUUUUUUUAUAUUUAUCAGUUCAUUUUGGAUAUUUAUCAAAGACAGUGAGCGAUAGAAUUCGUAGACAAGAUCUUCCAAAAAUAUUAACAAUGCCUACAGAAAAUUUAUUGGCAUCACAAGCACAAAGGCAAAAAUUGGUCGAUACAUUAAAUCAACAUUUUGACGAAUUAACAGUAAAAUAUCAUAAAAAUCCGGUAUCAUUAAAACUAUUUUCAAUUCGAAAAAUUCGUCAAUCGAUGAUGAAAGUUAAUCAAAAGAAUAUCGAACAAUUAAAUAUAAGUCAAUAUUUAAAAAAGAUGCUGUACUCAGAACAAAAAAUUUAG